AUGGCAUCGGCCACCGUUCCCCGCGCCUGGCGCUCCCUCCCCUCCCAGUUUGCCCGCCCGCGCGUCCAUCUUUCCCCUCGUGCUCCCCGUCAGCCUCUCUUGCAACUCCGUCAAUAUGUCCAAGCAGGCCAUUACCAGCCUUUCGUUCCCCCAUCGCCAGCCUCCCUAGGCAAACCCACCAAGGCCAAGACCUACGAUCGCACCCGUAAAUGGCUUCGUCGGCUGGUCUACCUUUCGCUAGCCACUGGGACCGUCUACGUCCUCGACACUCAAUUCUACGCCUCGUCUCUCACACGCACAGCUCGAACCUUCAGCUUGGGCCUCCUGGUAGCCCUGGAUUACAAGAUAAACUUCCGUCCCAACCCGCCGCUGGCCAGAGACAUCAAUGCCGUACACACCCGCAAUGCUGAGCGUCUGUCCGACCUCCUGCGUCACAAUGGCGGUCUGUACCUGAAAAUCGGCCAAGCCAUCGCUAUGCAGUCCGCCAUCCUGCCCCCGGAAUUUCAGAAAAUGUUCUCGCGCAUGUUCGAUGACGCCCCUCAGAACGACUGGAAAGAUGUCGACAAGGUCAUCCGCGAGGACUUUGGCCGCUCGGCUGAGGAGGUUUUUGGCGUCUCCUUCACGGGUGAGCCCGGAAAGGGUGUUAUGGAGCGGACUGCGCGCGCGAGUGCCAGUGUAGCACAGGUACAUUGGGCGCGUCUUCCGGAUGGUCGUGAGGUGGCAAUCAAGAUCCAGAAACGUGAAAUUGCUCAACAGCUGAAAUGGGAUCUGUGGGCUUUCAACCGCACCUUUGAUAUUCCGUUCUACAGCCUGGUUCCUUAUGUGUCGGAGCGUCUCUCCCUUGAGACGGACUUUGAAAAUGAGGCCGACAACUCCGAGAACAUGGCGCGUUUGGUCGCCGGAGAGCCCCGUCUCCGCGGCCGGGUCUACAUUCCCAAGGUCCACCGCGAGCUCAGCUCUAAGCGCGUCAUGACCGCCGAGUGGAUCGAGGGUGUUCGCCUCUGGGAUAAGGACUCCAUCACGCGGACCUGGCGUGGUGGCUGGCGUAGCGGCACCCCAGGCUGCCAUGGCACGCCUCUCGACGCGCGCAAUGCCGAGGAUCCUGUCGCCAAAGUGGCCCGCAACCCGAGCCUAACCACCAAGAUUAAGCCCGAGCGCGAUCACUGGCGCGGCGGGUACGCUCGCGCUGGUCUAGGCCUAUCACUUAAGGAAGUCAUGACUACUAUGGUGGACCUCUUCUCCGCACAGAUGUUCCUCUGGGGUAUAGUCCACUGUGACCCGCACCCAGGCAACAUCUUUAUCCGCCGGACUCCUUCCGGUCACCCAGAGCUUGUCCUUAUCGACCACGGACUGUACAUUCACAUGGACACCGAAUUCCGACACCAGUACGCCCGCUUUUGGAAAGCUCUCCUCACCUUCGACAACACCACCCUUAACUCUAUCGUCCGCGGCUGGGGCGUCCAGAAUGCUGACCUCUUUGCCUCUGCCACCCUAAUGCGCCCCUACCGCGGCGGCGAUCUCUCGACGCAUCGCUCCUUCAAAGGACUCAGCAAAUCCGAGCGUGCCACGCGCCACUACGAAAUGCAGCAAGCCGCCCGCAAAGCCAUUCGCGACAUCCUCGGUGACGAAUCCAAAUGGCCCCGCCCACUGAUCUUCAUUGGCCGCAACCUUCGCAUCGUGCAGGCAAACAACCAGUUCCUGGGCUCGCCCGUCAACCGUAUUAAGAUCACAGGCACUUGGGCGUCCCGCGCGCUAGUUGAGUCUCCGGACUUGUCGGCGUCGGAGAGACUGAGAAACUUCGGUCGCCACCUGUUGUUCCGCGUGGUCCUGUUCAGCACAGACUUGUUCUUCUGGUUAACGAAGGUGCGGCAGUUCUUGAGACUUGGUGGAGGUAUGGAGGAUAGCAUUGAGGCGCAGAUGCAGGGGAUGGCAAAGGAUAUGGGAGUGGAGUUGAGUCAGAAUGUGUUCGAGGGAUAA